AUGACCUCGGAGGAGCCCAGAGACAUGGAACCCGGACCGAGUAACCUGGAUAGCAGGGCCCAGGUUAUUGAACAGCAGCCCAGCAGGCCUAGAGAUGGGCAGGAGGAUCAUAACACCAACGGGGCUGCAAGUGCCAUCAACGCAAACGCUGCCCAGGGAAGGCCAAACAGACCACCAUCUCCAGCCCAAAAUAACAUCGUGGGCUGCAGAAUUUCCCAUCAUUGGAGGGAAAAUGGUGGGAUGAUCACAUUUUGGAGAGGAACAGUCCUCGAACAAGUUGCUAUCAACCCCUUUCUUUAUCUGGUGAAAUAUGAUGGGGUUGACUGUGUAUAUGGAUUAGAACUCACCAGAGAUGACAGAAUUUUGGCCCUUCAGGUUUAUCCUGAGAAGGUAGAUUCAGCCCAAGUUCCCGAUCCCAUCCUCGCUAAUACUAUCAUCGGCAGGGCUGUGGAACACAUUUUCGAGGGGGAACUCGGGCUUCGGAAACAAUGGAAGGGUAUGGUCCUUUCCCAAGCCCCAGUCUUCAAGAGCUGGUUUUAUAUUACCUAUGAAAAAGACCCAAUAUUAUACAUGUACGAGCUAUUGGAUGAUUUUAGAGAGGGAGACCUACGUAUCAUCCCAGAUAUGGAUGAGAUUGUUCCACCAGAUGUAGACAUGGAAGUGAGGGAUGACCUUAUUGGGAAAAGUGUAGAAUACGCCAACCAGGAUGGCUCUAAAAGAGUUGGCGUUGUGAUCCAUCAGGUAGAAGCCAGGCCAUCUGUAUAUUUCAUAAAAUUUGAGGAUGAUUUCCACAUCUAUGUCUAUGACCUCGUGAAAAAGAUGUGAAUUGUUUGCCAAAGUUAUGUGAC